AUGCUGCCACAGAUCCAGCCAGCAAUGCUGCCACCUCCUCACCCCCCCACUGCCUUUUCCAUUUUGCGGCAGCAUCAGCAGCAGCUAGGCUCCCUUCUCCGUCGACCGUCCUUGCCCGCCGCCGUUCGUCCUAAUGCCACUCGGUCAUCCCUCACUCGUUUCGCCUCCCUUCCGCCACGUUUGCCACUCUCUCUGCCCCCUCUACCUCCCAUCGACAUGUUGCCUAUUCUUCCUCCAAACCCGUCAGCACCAAUUUUCCCCUCGUCCCAGCUUGUGGGAAGCACGAAUCUCCCUCCUCCCAUGGCAAGUGGCACGCCUGUAGUGGGCUCGACUGGAGAAGAAUCGCUGGGGUGCAUUCCUGCUGUAACUCGUGCUCUGCUGGCGGGAGGAGGGGCGUUAGGGGAAACAUUGGACGGGGCCCUGCUGGCAGCAUUGCUGCCAGAGGGGAGGAGAAAAGGGAGUAGGAGCAGGAGCAGGAGCAAGGGGAACAAGUGGUCGGGGAGUAGGGGUGGGAGGCCUGUUGGCGGUGUGGGAGAGGUGAAUUCUCUGGGGGAUGCAGCAGGGGUAGGAUCAGGUGUGAGGGCAGCUGGGUUGGUGCCGCUGAUGGGUCAGAACUAUGGCCUGGCAUUGCAAGGUGCGGCGUUGCCUGCUCCAGCAUCAGGUUCUCGACCAGUAGCAACAACAGCACCAGUAGAAGCAGCAGCAGAAGCAGAAGCGGCUGCAGCAGCAGCAGCAGCAGCAGCAGCAGCGUUGGCAGCAUCAGAAGCAUCUGCGUCACUACACACUCCUCUCUGGCCAUUUCAAACAGGAGGAGCGGAGAGGCUGAUAGUGGAUGCAGCAGCGGAGCUGGCGUCAAGAGGCCACAGCGUGCGGGUCUUCACCGCCCAUCACGAUCCAGCCAGAUGCUUCCCGGAGACCAUCGAUGGCACCUUCCCUGUGCACGUGCAUGGAAGCUUCCUCCCCCGCCACAUUGCCGGCCGAUUUCACGCAGUCUGCGCCUACCUCAGGUGCCUCUGGGCGGCCCUCUGCAUCGUCGUCUCGGUUUGGCUCCGGUGGAUCCCAGCCGUUGAUGGGAUCAUCACAGAUCAAGUCUCAGCCGUCCAUCCCAUCCUCAGAUUGCUGCCUGCCAAGAUCCUCUUCUACUGUCACUUCCCAGACCUGCUGCUGGCCCAGCGAGGCUCGUGGCUGCGCUCGCUGUACCGAGCUCCUAUUGACUGGGUGGAGCAGGUCACCACUGGCAUGGCGGACACCAUAGUGGUCAACAGUCACUUCACUGCAGCCACAUUCGCCUCCACCUUCCCCUCGCUAGCAUCACACGGAAUUCGCCCCGCUGUGCUCUACCCAGCUGUAGCACUUGAUUCCCCACCAGCUUCUUCCUCUGCCACUGCCAGCACUGCUAGCAGGAAUAUGUGUGCUCCCCCAGGCCCUUCUGUUGACGAAGCAGAGAAACUUGGGAUUGAUAUUAACAGCCCCUUCUUCCUGUCCAUCAACCGGUACGAGCGCAAGAAAGAGAUCGCCACUGCCAUCUCUGCUCUGGGGCUGCUCACCCGCUCGUCAGUGCACACAGACGCUUCCGACAGCCAGGAAAAAGGCAGCCAGGAUGGCGCAGCUGCUUCGGCAAAGAGCCAGCGGCCACGACUUGUCGUUGCAGGUGGGUGUGACGCGCGCGUGCGGGAGAAUGUGGAGUAUCUGCAGGAGCUGAAACAACUAGCUGUUAUGGAAGGGGUGGCAUCCGACGUCCUUUUCCUCACCUCCAUCAACGACUUGCUCAAGGCUCAGCUACUGGCCUGCUGCACUGCUGUAGUCUACACCCCUCCAGUUGCCCGAGCACAUGUGGAGGAACGGUUUUCUAGGAAAGUUUUUGGCGACCGGUUGCAAGAGAUUCUUUGGAACAUGUGCUUGUAA